AGAAAGAAAUAACAUUAAGGAGAAAGGGGAGGCGCGAAAGCGGAAGUGGGCAGGCCGUAACCCGGAGGCAGACGGCUCAAGCCGGUCGAUGUACGGCGGGUUUUAUUGCUGCGUCAUCCACGCUUCAACAACCUCCAUGAGCAACACCGUAGGAGGAGGCUCACAAGGAAACAAGAAAGGAGAAAAUGCGCUGGAAUCCAGGAACGAUUUGGGUCGACUGUCCCCUCGCUCUUACUGGCAAAUAAUCUGCUCACUUGAAAAUAAGCUGGACUGCCUGAGACUGAACCAGCGAGAGAAACACAUCUGCGCACUCAUUCCUACAGAAUCAUGGAUUCAUGAAUCGGUCCCAGACAUGGCCAUCCAGCUAGAGGGUUUCAGUUCAGUGCAUUUCAGGCUGACAGGGUUCCAGUGAUUUCAGAUAAACAUUCUUGCCUAUAAUUGAGAGCAAUGGAGAGUAAAGUAUCUUCAGAACAGAUUUUACUAGAGCCUUAUCAUUAUCUGCUUCAGUUACCAGGAAAGCACGUGAGAACCAAACUUUCACAAGCCUUUAACCAUUGGUUGAAUGUCCCUGAAGAAAAAUUGCAGGUUAUUAUCGAAAUUACAGAAAUGUUACACAGUGCCAGCUUACUGAUUGACGAUAUUGAGGACAAUUCCAAGUUGCGCCGUGGCUUUCCUGUAGCACACAGCAUCUACGGAAUUCCCUCUGUCAUAAACUCUGCCAACUAUGUCUACUUCCUGAGUCUGGAGAAAUUGCUGACCCUCGGCCAUCCAGAAGCGAUUAAACUCUUCACCCAGCAGCUCCUGGAGCUGCAUCGUGGGCAGGGCCUGGAUAUCUACUGGAGGGACACAUACAUCUGCCCCACCAUAGAAGAUUAUAAGGCUAUGGUGCUGCAGAAGACUGGAGGGCUCUUUGGCUUGGCUGUUGGCCUCAUGCAAUUGUUCUCUGAAAAGACAUUGGAUUUAAAGCCUCUUCUUGACACGUUAGGGCUUCUAUUCCAAAUUCGUGAUGAUUAUGCAAACCUGUUUAACAAGGAUUACAUCAACAACAAGGGCUUUGGUGAAGAUUUAACAGAGGGCAAGUUCUCCUUCCCUCUUAUUCAUGCCAUCUGGUCACAUCCAGAAAGUACUCAAGUCCAGAAUAUUUUGCGCCAAAGAACGGAAAAUAUAGAUAUAAAGAAAUAUUGUGUAAACUAUCUAGAAAAGGUGGGCUCUUCUGACUACACCAAGCAAACUCUCAAAGAGUUGGAAGCUGAAGCUUAUAGAAUCAUUAGUAAGCUUGGUGGUAACCCACAAUUAACAGCGUUAAUAGAACAACUUUGCCAACUGUUUAAAGAGGAAUAAAAAGAACUUUCCUUUUCCACUUCA